AGAGAUAAUAAGUCAUGAGCGGCCCGGCGGUGGCCCAAGACGGCGGAGCCGCAACUGGACCCGGCGAUGGCGGGGCUGGGAGGCGGUGGCGGGAGUGGUACUUGGGUCCUGUCCUGAGCUACCUCCGCCACGGGAGGCCCCGCAUCACGAAGGAGCUGGCGGAAGGUGUGCUGGAGGAAGCGGAGUUUUACAGCAUUGCGUCUCUCGUGCGACCUGUUAAGGAAGGGAUACGGGACAAGGAGAACAGAACUCCACAGGGCCCCGGGAAGCACGUGUACAGAGCCCUGCGGUGCCAAGAGGAGGAGCUCACGCAGAUGGUGUCCCCUAUGUCUGACGCUUGGAAAUUCGAGCAGCUAAGCAGCAUCGGAGCUUCCUGUGACUGUGGAAAUGAGGAUCAGGCAGAAUUCCUCUGUGUCGUCUCCAGAGAAUCAAAUAAUUCUACCAAUGGCGUUGUCACUGAGCCCAGCGAGAAGGCAAAGAUUCUCCGGGAGAGAGGAUCUCGGAUGUGA